AAAACACCCAGAUACAAGUUAAUAAAUUUUAUUUUUUUAUAAUUUAUAUUUUUCAGAGUUCAGAUAAUGCAUAGAAGAGUUAUCAGGCUUUCAAUAAUUAUUGACAGCAGAGUUACUAUGGAUGACAAUGAUGAUUUCAAUGAUGUCACUGUUCCUUACAAUUCUCAGUGGCAUGUUUCGCUUAAUAAGCUUAUAGAGACUUUGAACGUUACAGAAAAAGGACAAGAAACAGUGAAGAAAAUAGUAACAGAAUAUUUGCCAACAUGUCCUAUAAAUUUACUCGAAGAAAAUAUCCUUCGCAAGACAUGUCCUUACUUGAAGCGAAUAAUCUACGAGCUGAUCGACGAGAUUGAAGCCAACUUAGAAGACCCGGAGAUUGCUGGACAUUUAGUGCCCACGUCUUUCGACUCUCAGCUGAUCGAGUGCAAGAAUCUUCUCACCCGGUGGGAAGAUAUUUUGAAGCACGUGGCAAACCUGGAAGAAGUAAAGCCUUCUGAUGUGGUCAGUCUUUUAGAACAUUUUCCUGGGAUUGUUAUCAAAAUUUGUCUUCACUGCAAAGAAAAGCGAUCGAGCUAUCCAAACCACUCGCUUCCGUUGCUGCUGCAGGAUAUUUAUCGCGACACUUGCUCGAAUGUUAAGAUUUUUUGUGGUUUCAUCUAUAAAUCUUUGUACAUUCAGAGUGAGGAUUCAACUCUGCUUAAAAAUCUGAUCAAAGAUUUGGGAGAUAUCGCUUCGACUACCACAUAUUUCGUAACUACUAUGAUUCAAUCUUGGAAAACUUUUGGAAAGCUUGUAUGGGAGUCCUCCGCGAUUAUCAAAGAUGAUGGAGAGAUUCGUGGAUUGGUCACAAGUAACUUUAAAAAUAUUACCAGUAAUAUUAUUUGGAUCUAUGAAAAUAUGACGCAUAUAUUAAUAUGUCCGCAGCACCUUGACAAUUUUGUUAUUUAUUGCUUUUUCUUCAAACACCCUCUCGACUUCUCAUAUAUUCUUAUAAUGUUAAUAAAUAACUUAUAAAAAAAUGGAUGGUAAAAAUAUUGAUUGCCUUUUUUUUACGUACUUCAAAAAUUACUUGAAAUUUCAUGCUUCUAGACCAGAAUACCCCCUAAAUAAAUAUUAUUAUUUUAGAAAACAAGUGAAGAUGAUUCUAAAGGAGCGAAAUGUAUGAAUUUAUUACUGGAAAUACUUUAUAAAUUUCAUAGAAACUACGUAAAUGAUGAUGUACUUAAUUCAAGCUUAAAUCAUCAAUGGGUUCGCGAGAUGGUAUCUUUUCUUUUUCGACUCUCUGGUUUCUACGCUACGAAAAUGUUUGUAAAAAAUUUGCCAGGAAAACCACAGAGUAAAUCCAUAUUCUCUCUCAAUUGGAUAAAUGCGUUUAACUAUUACUAUAAAAACUGUGAAACCUUGCAUGAGGAAUUUAAAAAUAGAGAAGAAGAAAUGGCGAGCGCGGAUUUUGAAUACCUAGUGGGAUAUCAUGUAACUUUACUCAGAAGUAAUCUUGAUGCUGAUGAAAAAAUUAAAAUAGCCAUUAAUAAUUUAAUUUACUUUAAUGAAGAGUGUAUGACAACCAGAGUAAAAAUACCUGAUGGCUGUAAUAUCAAUAAUGUAGAACCAGAAUUAAUCAGUAUUUAUCAUUUUACAUUGAAAAAACUUUGUUGUUGCAUUGUUGAAGCGAAAUUUAAGGAUCUAGAAUUGUUUAUUUUUAAGAUUUUAUUUAGUGAAAAAUUUUGGCCUUCGCUGCUUUGCUUCGAUAUUUUGAAAUAUUUGUACAGGUAUUCUGAAGGUGAAUUUGCUUUGUCUCACAUAAAAAUUCUCUCGGAAGUCUACGAAAAGUUCCACUUACGAGAGUCGACUAGCCUCGGAGUAACAUUGAUUAGCAAGCUGAUAAUUUACGGCUACACAUUUAUGGGUGAUGAUAACCAGAAUACGUUCCAUGAAAUAUGUCAGAGCCCAGCCACUCUUUUACUAAUUUUAAAGUCGCCUAAAAUAGUCAACUCACGAGAAAAACUUCUGACAGCCUAUAAAAAAUUGAUGCCAGUCAAGUCAUUUGAUUUGUCGCAGGCUCACCAGGAAUUACGACUUCAACCUUCUGUCAAAAAUUGGAUCAACUUUGUGAAUGUAUUAACUUUAAAAAGUAUCGAUAAAAUAGAUGACAACCCAGAUAUCACGAGCGACCUUCAGAAAAUACUCCAAUCAAUUCUCGAUACACUCAAUCAAGUCCACGAUGAAUUCCAACAGCGCAUUAUGUACGAUUUAAUAUUGAUAAUACUUAAUUGUACGAUUUUUAAAAGAUCUACCGACAUGAGUGCUUUCAACUGGAAUGUUUUGCAGGUUCUCGCUAAGGAGAUAGUUCAUACGAUAAAAUUACCCGAGAUCUAUUUGGUCGAUGUCUGUCAUUUCAUAAAAAGAAAUUCAAAGAUACUGAAGAUACCUUCGGGACAAGUAGAUGCGAGGGUUGUAAUGAUUAACUUGAUGUGUUAUUUAUUGAGCAGCAGUUUGGCUAUAGUUCAUCAAGAAGCGCUGGAAACCUUCGAGUACAUUGUCGAGAAGGGAGCCGACGAAGACUUUAUUUUGAAAUUAGGCGCAACUAUCACCAAAAAGUACAAUUUACUGGAAGUUGUUCCGAAUUAUUUGAAAAAACGCAGUGUCAAAAAGUUAUCUCGUGAAUUUACCGAUAUUAAUGAUUAUUUAAAAAUAUUUACAGAAAAUGUGGAUAAAUUAUCGAGCGCUCACAAAUGUUUUAUUGAAGAAACACGGGAAAGAGAGAAAAAAAUAGCGAAAAUAAUUCCUGAUUCUGUUGAUCAGCAGGCGAGUAAAAUUAUUGAUGAUUUAAUAGAUGUUAUUGAUAAUAAAUAUAAUUUAAGCGUAAAUAUCCUCGAAAAAUUGACUGAAGCUUGUCUUAAAUUUAUAGAUAAAUGA